AUGAGUGAAUCAGUACAUUCAGAGCAACAAGAAAAGACUGACGACCGACCUGAGCUCUCUCAUCUCGCUUCAUGGUCAGUCUCAUCGCAUAAAUAUGGAUUCGGAGUGGACAACCUGAGAGAUGGGAACGAUACUACUUUCUGGCAGUCCGAAGGUCCUCAACCUCAUCUGAUAGAUCUAUCAUUUCCCAAGAGAGUACAUAUUUCAGCUAUAGCCAUUCACAUGUCACAUCCACGAGAUGAUUCAUAUACGCCUUCGAAGAUAUCUAUAAGAGCAGGAACGGGAUUACAUGACCUGCAAGAGGUCCGCCAUAUGGAAUUUAACAAACCGGAUGGAUGGAUACCGAUCGUUCUUAGACCUAUGGAAGUUACAGAUGAAGGUGAAGAGACUGAAGGUCCACCUAUCCCGUGUCAUCAUUUACGUAUAAUCAUAUUGGCAAACCACUUGAACGGUAAAGAUACGCAUGUAAGAGGUUUGAGGGUAUUUGGUUCUCCAGUUCAACCACAGAACCCAUCAGCCAUCCCCCUUUCGCCUCUAUCCGAAACCUCCUCUACAACCCAAGGGUCAGGACUCAAGAAAACUUCUGGAAAACAAUUAUUGGAACUGGGACAUGAUGGGUUGAGUGGGUUUACCAGCACACAAUUCAAGAUGCAUGAGUUCAUAAGGUGA